AUGUCAGUUGAUGCAGAGAUUUUGUUACAUGAAUCUUCAAAAAAAGAUGUGCCUAAUAAAAGGAUAAAUGACUGUAAAAAGCUUGAAUACUGCAGUAAAGUUUUGUUAGCCAGUGCAUUCUUAGAGCUACCUACAAGUUCAAGGUCAGAUAUUCAUAAAUUUGAAACAUAUAUGAUUCAGACAAAUGGUCUUAAAUUAACAUUGUCAGUAGCACAUUACUUAUUUGAAGAUACAAUUUGUAUAUUUGAUCCAACAGAUAUAGUUAUCCCAAAGACAGUAGAAGCAUUCCCCAAGUGUAUUGAGGCCGUAUACAAAAUUCUGUCAUGGAAGCAUUGUUUAACUGUAUACAUAAAUUUACGUGAAAAAAAGUAA